UUAGACAAAAGGACAGACAACUGGCUUCUGGUCUAUUCUCCUGUGCCAAUUAGCUGUGUCUUCCUGUGUUACUUGAUCAUUAUAUGGGUGGGGUCAAAGCUAAUGGCAAGGAGGCAGCCAGUCAACCUCAGACCUGUCUUGAUAGUUUACAACUUUGCCAUGGUCUGCCUGUCUGCCUACAUGUUCUAUGAGUUUACAACCUCUUCCUGGUUGGCAGGAUACAGUCUGCUGUGCCAGCCAGUGGACUACAGUGACAGCCCAUUGGCCAUGAGGAUGGCCAGAGUGUGCUGGUGGUUCUACUUCUCCAAAGUUAUAGAGCUCUGUGACACUAUAUUUUUUAUCCUAAGGAAGAAGAACAGUCAACUGACCUUCCUCCAUGUCUACCACCACGCCACAAUGAUCUUCAACUGGUGGGCUGGGGUUAAAUAUGUGGCUGGUGGACAGUCUUUCCUGAUAGGUCUGAUUAACUCCCUCGUCCAUAUAGUGAUGUACAUGUAUUACGGCCUGGCAGCUGUGGGACCAAGCAUGACCAAAUACUUGUGGUGGAAACGUUACCUCACCACCCUACAGCUGCUCCAGUUUUUCAUAGUGACUAUCCAUACCAGCUACAAUCUGUUUGCUGACUGUGACUUCCCUGACUAUAUGAACAUCACUGUUUUGGCAUAUUCUCUCAGCCUCAUCAUUCUCUUCAGUAACUUCUACUACAGAAGCUACCUCGUCAAAAAGAACAAGAAAACUUAACUCAAACUCAAAACUGUUAUGAGAGAGGGAAAAAAGUAAA